AUGCACAACAGAAUGUCAAGGAAUAUCUCCCCUCGCUUUCUCUCUCUCUCUCUCUCUCUCUCUCUCUCUCUCUCUCUCUCUCUCUCUCCCUCUCUCCCUCUUGACUCCAUCACUCCUCAUCUUCCUCCUCCUCCUCCAGAGUGCCGCUCUCUUCUCCCCCCUCUCUGCUCCUCUUUUUUUCAUCUCAACUUGAACUAUUCGUGCAUUUAAUUUUUAAUGAUAUGCGUACAGCUCCCCCCCACUCUCUCCCCUCCCUCUCUCUCUCUCCCCUCUCUCUCUUUCUCUCUGUUCCUUCCUCUCCCCCCAUCUCUGUCUCUCUAUUUUCUGCUCCUCUCUUCGCCACCUGUUAGUUAGUCUCCCUCUCCUCGCCGCACUGGAAUUCCCUCUUUUUUUAUGAGGAGUUUCACACUCACACUAACAGUGGGGUAAGUCACAAAUUUGAUUCUUAUUUUCUAAAAUGUUGACGGCUAGAAUUGUUAGUUUUGUGCUUUGUGUAUUUACGUUUUCUUCUUUUUUUCUCUUUUUCUGUUUGUGUUGAAAAGUGUUUCCCACUGCUAUCAUUAUAUCCUCACUUUGCCGGUCUGUACUUGUGUAUUUUUGUGCUCCUCUCUCACAACUGAUGCAGCAAAACCAGACUUUUAGACGCACGCAUUAAUUCAGCAUCAUUCUCACACGGCUCACAGGUGCAACAUGUGUCCUCUUACCUGUUCCUUCACUUUAUUUUCACACCUUCUAAUACACACUGACAUGUGCGAGACACACACUCACACACAUUGAAGUUUACUCAUCCCUGAGCUGUCUGAAAAUAACUUGGCUCUAAUUGACAAGUGCUCACAGUCACCGCGCUUCGCCAUAAAUGAUGGGCUGACUGUCAAGCCCUAAUGAGUAGCUACAGUGUGCUGCAACUGUACUAUACCAUCUGCCAUCAGCCAGCAGCUUGUUAUUUAAAGGUGAACGGAGAUCGCCGCAGGGGCCCUAUUGUAUGUAGGACAAGAGAGAAGAAGAAGAGGAGUACCAGCCGAGAGGGAGAGCCGGAGAGAGAAAGAGAGAGAAUGAGAGAGAGAGAGAGAGAGAUUCUCCUUCUCCUACAGGUGGAAUAAUGGUGUCUAAGAGAGACUGAAAGUGAAGAAAUGACAGAAUUAGAGAGGGGGAAGAAGGAGUAGGUGGAUUAGAAAGGUUGAGAUGAGGAGGGGAUUUAGAGGAAGGGGUGUCCAUGCUGUGAUGUGACUCUAAUUUAAAGUGAAGGAGCUGUAAAAAGAGGAAGAGGAGGAGGAGGAGGAGGAGAGGUUGAAUGCUGCACAAAGAUAUUCCUCCAAGCAAGCUUCAUUUCUCGCUCUAAAGCUUUAAAUCUAUAAAUCUAAUACAUGUACAAGCUGGGAAAAGAAAUGUAAUGUAUGUUGUUGCGUAACUAACAGCCAUAGGGCUGCUGUAUCCUACUGUAUGUAGCUGUUCUGAACAAGUUGGUCUGAAGGAAUUAUGCAAAGUUGCUCCACCAUGUGCUCCAAGGCUAAGAGCCGUGCUCGAGCUUAUACGCAUAAAAAUCAGCAGAAUGUGAGGUGAGAGCUGCACCUCAUUACUGUGUGAGCAUGCAUUGUCACUCUCGUCAGCAACAAGCGGGUGAUGAGAAGAGAAGAUGAGAGAGAGAUUCCAGCUGGCAGCAUGAGAGCGAUCAAUCAUGAUCUCUCUGUGAGCCCCUGCUUCCCCAUGAGCUCCAGGCCUCCGGGCUGUGCGUGCACGGACGCCGAUGCUGCUGCUGCUGCUGGUGCUGAUGCUGGGUGGUGCUGCUGGUCCUCCAGCUUAUAGCCACAUCUGCCAGGACUGGGAGGCGACUGGCUGAGCGCAUUAUACAGGCUUGAAAGCAGAUGCACUCUCUGCUGUAUGUGCGGAGAGAUGAAUUAAUCAUCUGAAGAAAGUGUACCUGCGAUUGCACUGUAUAUGUGUGUUUCUGUGUGCGCUUUCAGGGAUUAUUGCCUCUCAUAAGAACAAUCGUUAUUAUUGACUCAGCCGUUAAUAUCUAAUCAAUUCUUGGCACAGUUAUCUUCAUCAAACGAGGGUUUCAUUUACUUGUUUUUCACCAUCUGCUCAAUGUUUUGCAAUCUUCCACUUAACCUGAUUAUUCCUCCAUGUUGGAAACUUUGCUGUUCUUUUAUUUUUAAAGCCCGGCGGAGCUGACAUAAAGCACUAAAGAUAUGAUAAGAGACACGCUUUCAUUAAGACAGUGUCUCUCCUCCUCAAGUGUUAUCUCCACAAAGCUUAAUUGGCUAGUGGUGAACUCUGACCUCUCAAGAAGUCAUUAUUUUGCUACUGUAGGAGUCAGAAGUGGUGCAGUUACUUCAAAAGGAAAAGAUGUCCAUUAGUUUACGCAGCAGAGCCAGUGGUCUGUCAAAGUCCUUUCGGCCACAUGAGCGGAGGAAGUUUUCGGGGUUGGCAGGCAGCAGCGUGUUUUAGGAGUUUGUUUCAUCUGCAGCCAACAGAAAGCUGGAUGAGCUGUGGUGGGUAUCGCCUGCUGCUGUUGUGCUCUCAGCGGAGAGGCAGGACCACACAUGACAAAUAACCCUCGCUGCCUGUAAUUCUACUGAAGGUCAACACUCAGAGGCAGCAGUAUCAGAGCCACUUUCUGCCACAGCAUCAUUGGUCAUAGUGACUUUAUCCUGAUGGCUGAAGCGCCUGGAAUUAAUCUGUCCACUUGUUUGAAGCACAGAGAGAGAGAGGUCCACGGUUUAUCUGCUGGUGAUCAGAUUUAAUUUGAAGGGCAGAUGAACUUUAACUUCUAUUCAAAGCCAAGUUGUUCCAUGAAUGUGCUCUUGAUUUGCUACUUUGGCUCUGAAGUCAGGGGGUGAACUUUACUUUUUAAUUGCUAGAUGGAAAGAAAAUUGUGUUCAUGUAGUUCUCAGUGUUAUUGGAGAUAGUGUUGCUGCUCUGUUCGUUUCAUGUCUACGUGUGAACAUCAAACAAAUGCAGCUCAAAUGUCUCUUAAAUCUAGCGGCUCAUGUUUUAGUGGAGAUAAUGGCUGCAGCAGGGAAAGAUGUGCGUCACCAUGUCUAAGGUUUUUGAAAUGGUAAAUGUGCUCAUGCAUCGUGAAAAAACAACAUUUUGAGAUUUGAAAUGCUUAAAGCUAUUGUGAGGAACUUUCAGUUUGUGCAAAUUUUGGCACCUCUGUGGAUCAGUGUUUGCUGAUCUUGUCCUCUACAUGCCUAAAGGGAUAGUCCAGCGUAAAAUUAAUUUAGGGUCAAACACACCGUAACACCGAGUUAGACACCCCCUUGAGAGAUAAAUGUUGCCGACCGCUUGCUUCUCCAGUUAUACCAACUUUAGUAACGACUGCAGGAUAGCAAUACAAAGCUGUCUCAGGAGCCAUACACAAACCUCACCUAAAAUGCCACUCUAUAGCCACAAAUAAUGUUCAGAACAGCACCUAACUUCAUCAACAGUACAUAUAGGGUCCAAGCCAUAGUGCUAGCAUUCAAACAUCUUUUUUACUUCGCCUGAUUUCUUUAGCAAAGAGACUAAACACAACUCACCUACUCUCCUCCAGCAGCCGCUUGUCUGGAGCGAGACCUCAGGCAUAUCCAUUACAGACUGCUGCGGGGUGACACAGCUCAAGGAAGAACAUUUAUGAUCAUUUCCUAAUGGAAGUGCAAUCAGACCGAGACGCUAAGGCUGAAGAACUACCGCAUCUGCAGUGCAAAAUGAUUAAUAUGAUGAUUAUUACUUAAAGCAAAUGAUAAAGAAAUGAUCAUAAAUGUUCCUCCUUGAGCUUGAGCUAUUUUUAAAAUCAAGAACUCUGGGACUUGAGCUUAAGUACUCACUUGACAGAGCAACUUUCACUUUCAACAAAACAAUGACAUAGUCUAGUGUAUAUAAGUCUAUGAUGUACAAGUCUGAGUACAUCGCUCCUUCUUUGUAGUCUUACUGUAGUCAAUGUUCAUGUCCGGGUCCAAGCUGAGUCACAAGUGGGACUCGAGUACUACACAUUGUACUGUACAACAGACUGUUGAAUUUCACACUGAGAGAGAGAACUGUAUUUUGCCAAUCCAUCUUUAUAUAAACCCUUCAGCAGCAACAGUCUGUACUCAGUUUUUUUUCCUUUCAAACUCUCUUCUCUAAUAGUUCUGACACGAUUGAUCUGCUCUGUUUGAUCCAUCCAUCUGUUAGAUGAAGAUACACUUAAUGAACAUUACUUUAUUCGAUGUGAGUUUGAGAUCACUCAGUCUUCUAAAGAAACCCAAAACAGCCUUAUGGUUUUCACUUCAAUCAGCUUUCUUGGAUAUGUUCAGAAUCUUUCCUCAAACCUCCCCCUCUGCGUCUCCUCUCUGAUUUUUCUGAACUUCACAGAUGAUCACCUCACAGACAACACAAAGAAAGUGCAAAGAUUCACAGUGCAAAUAUCCUCUUCUCAGUUCCAAUCGAUGACUGCAGAGAGAGCAGAAGGUAGUCCGAGGGGGGAUUUGUUCAGUAUUGAGGACAGCCCGCCCCCUCAAGGCCUGCUGUCUUUAGAAAAACAAAAGCUGUGCGAUAUUUGUAAUCCACCCCCCUCGUUUUUAUUUCAGGAGCAGAGCAGACACAUCAGCCUUGUGGUCAACUCCACUCCCCCCUAACACAACUUUAUAUAAUCACCUGGACUCUUCAGUACUUCCGAGUGUGAUGAAGAGCCAGUGAAGACUUCAUCCUGUAAUUACUUGUCUGUCUAUGGAGGAUUGUUGGGCACUCAAGAUCACGUGUGCAUCAGCUUCUGACACACUGCAAUUUGAUCAGGAUUGAUGAGAAUUAGAGGAGAUACCUAUUCUCCGUCAUCUUUUAUCCUUCCAAUCGGCCCGACUUUAUUCAGAAGUAUUCAAUUGAAAUGCAAAUUUGAGCGCAUAUCUGCUGUAUUAUUCUCUGUUUAUGCGAAAUGUCUUUCUUUCAAAGAGUCCUUGUGUUUGCGGAGGUUGCUGUAUGAGAUAAAAGCUUCAAAUCGUGGUUUCUUUCUUUUAUACAGCAAAUGAAAAACUCCUAUUUUGCCUGAUCAUAUCCCAGAAAUUGCCAGACACAGGAAAAUACCUUAUUUAUCAGCAAUCAUCUUACUAAGCUCCCCCUGCUUUGCUUUGAAGAGCAGAGGUGAAAUUGAAGAAAACAGGUGAAAUCUGAGGAUCAAUGUCUGCCGAAUUUAUUCUGAAAUUGGAUUUUUGCUGUAUCCUUAAAAAGUUUUAUAAUUUGAUCUAACGGUUACUGUCUCUUCUUGUUCUUUCUUUGCAGCCCCAUGACUGUGCGAAAAGGAAAACCUUUAGCUAUCUCCAUCCAGGAGAACAUGGCUAUCGAUGUGUGUCCGGGCCCGAUCCGCCCCAUCCGUCAAAUCUCUGCCUACUUCCCCCGCCUGUCCCCAACUUCCUCCUUCUCUGAACCACUUUCACCCAAUCAUAUGGCAGCUCCCACUUCGCUUAGCCCAGGUGGCACGGGUCAAAGUGGUGGAGCCACAGGAGGUGGUGGCGGGACUGGUGGAGGCGGAGGUGGAGGGAGCAGCCGCCUGCUGUCACCGCUGUUACCAGGAGCGGGUGGCGGAGGGGGGUCACUGUCAGCCAUGAGCAGCAUGGAUACCUCCAUCGAGAUCGACAGCUGUGACAGCGAUGACAGCAGUGAGUCACCUGGAAAUAAUGAACUUGUUUCACUUUAGCUGCCUGAGACCAAGAAUGAAAUUAACUCAGCGCAGGUGUGAAUUCUUGAGAAAAGGUCAAGAAUGCCUCAAAGAAAUGAGAAAUAACACUUUGAUAGAUUACCCUUACUGCUUUUCUCCUAUUAAUUGUGCGUAAUUAAAAUUUCAUUCUCCUGACACUAUAGGAUUUCUUGGUUAGGGGGUAUUGGCUAAAGGAAAAGUUCACAUUUUUUGGAAGCAGGUUUAUAUGAGGUACUCUUCACACUUAGUAGGCCUAAGUGUGAUCUGGAACGGCGGCGAUUUUCACUGUAUGCCAAUUCCUACCGGAUCCGUUUGUGAAACGAACUUCGUGGCAAAUACGGAAAGCGGUAAUCGCGAGAACUCACAAGAACCCGCAGAUUCACGUGCAAUCGCGCAAUAACAAGUUGUCUCUUAGCCACAGAGGCUAACCAUAUAAGCAGUAGAUUGUGUCCUUCCAGAGGAGGAAAUCCACCUCUCGACUUCUAAAAUCAGUAUCUCCUCAUCUAUGGUGUCAUCGGGAUGGAAUACUGUCUUAAAACCUUUCACUUGUUCGUCUCCAGAUCCGCCUGAAACACAGAGUGUUUUAUUUUGAAAAGAAGACGGAUGUUUUAUUUUGUGUCUGUGCCUGACUUCCUGUCCAGCACGGGUUAAUCUGUGCUGAAUUUAUCCGGCCUGCUGCGGCGUCGGGAAAAAAAUAGAACUCGUGCGAUCAGCUGCAGAGUCCGGCAAUCCGCAGCGGAACAGAAUGAAGCCGGUGGAAAUUGACACAUUGACUUGAAUGGUUACGAUCAGCUAUGAUUGGCGGAUACGGCCUUAUCGUAGUUGUUGUGGAUGUGGUGGAAAUUGGGGGUGAGUGUGUUAACCACAGGAGGACCUGGAAAGCCUCAGAGUACUGAAACUGAAACUGAAACUAGGCCAUCAUCUGCUAAAGACAGGACCACCUCUACCACCUACCAUCUAACAAGUUAGGUAAUCUAAACAAACUGCAACCAAAGCGCUACUAUCUGUGUAAGUGUUCGAUCUAUUUAGAAAUGACCCAGCCCUUUACUUUGCCAUUACAAAGCCAUACUGUUUUCAUGCUACCCCCAGAGGCUAACGCGGGUGUUUGCCCGCCUGACCAGCACCGUGAUCAACAAAUGUCGUUUACAAUGCGUAAAUCAUUUCAACGGUGUGAACCUUAAUAUUUCUGCACCUCAGUUUGACAAAGUUUUAAACUCAAGAUUAUCCAGCAGACAUGGAAAUAGCAUUGCCAUUCAACACUGCAUGACAGCACAACAACAGCCACUGGACACCACGGGUUGUGUCAUUAUGCAGUGAAAGAACAUGAAAGCUAAACACUUAACUUUGAGACGCACUUUCAUUCAGCUCUUCUGGUUUACUCAUUCAACUCCUGAAUGGUGAAGAAAGUCUGUGACAAACAGAAGUUUCUUGGCAGUUAACACACAGCCCCCACCAGGUAUCUUUCCUGUCGUUAGUGUAGAAGUUUUUCCCCACCAGGUCUUGCUCAUCCUGAGUAAACUCCGGCUCUUGUAGGUGUCAGUGUGUGCUCAUGUGUAAAUGACAUAUCAACUUGAGCUGUCAGAUUCACUCACUGUCUAGUCUGGUUAUAUUUUUGUCUCUUUAGAAGUUGGCAGACCCAAACAGAUCUCCUGUGGCUAACACACUUUCUAUUGAUGUGGACCUCAUACAACCCCUCUUCAGAAUAAAAAACCAAACCAUCCCUUUGAUCUGUGAUAUCAAAUGAACAUCCUUAAACCAGACCUUUAAAGGGGUCAAUAAUAAAAUAUACCUCCAUUUCCUUUUUCAUUUCACUGAUUAAAUAUAAAAAACAGCAGUAUAAAGGAGCCAUAAUGUGGUUUUAAACAAGACCAUAAAUUGAAGCUUUGUCCUUUUGACUCACCGUCACUCUCCCUCAUAGUAGGGUGUAUGAACUCAGAUGUCUGUGUUUUUAAUGAAGAAUUUUCAUUAACUUUUAAAGCAACCAGGCCAAUUGUUUCUUUUUUUAUCCGGACUACGUUAUGCUGAAGAUUGUUGGCUGUCAAAAAACAUUUACCAGACAAAGAUAAGAGAUCAGCCCUCAAACACUUGAGAACAGGGUAACGCAACAAAAUGGGAUAUAAAACGUCUGUCUUAGUGCUCACAAGGCAAUUGACCUGACAAUCCAUAUUUGAAUCACCUCAAAUCUUCACACUCUGUACAAGUAAUAAAGUCAUCUGUUCAUGAGUAUAACCAAAGUCACUAACAUUUUUAUUGACCUUUUCCAGCAUCUCUGGGGACGUUACAGUUUGACCUCCAGUAUGAGAGAGCUACCAGCUCCCUUCACUGCACAGUCCUAAGAGCAAAGGUAAAUGCUGUCCUCUAAAAAACUCAUCUACACCGGGUAGAUUAUAUGAGUCACUUUGACAGAAAUCCUUUUUUUAAUUGGGUAUGGCAGUGUUUCUAAAAAUUGGACAAAGAAAGUGUUCUCUCAGUCCUGACUAAAAUUUAAAAACUGUUUUCCCCAUGCUAACAGCAGGUUCUUUGUGAGGCAGUCAGUCAGUCUACCAUGAUACAGACUUUUCCUCUAUAGACGCCCAAAGGCUGACCGUUUUUGGUACAUGAUCAAUAUUAUGCAAAGUAACAAUAUAAAGUUGGUCAGAGAGAUGUUUAAACUUGAUCAACCAUGCUCAUAGCCCCAAGGAAAAUAAUCACAAAACAGUAAAACUUGUUGGUUUGGAUAUUUAUCAAACAGUGAUCACUGUAUGGGAGCUCAUUAAACUGUCAUCCUUGGUAUAACAGUGCAAUUUCAAGCCACAUUUACUGAGGACUUUCUCCAGUAUGGAACUUUUGGUUUGAGUCUGGUCAGGUGUCCUCUGUGUACAGAGCGGUUCUUCUUAUCCAUUUGCUGAACCAUUUAUAAUUAAAAAAAAUCUUAAAGGGCUUUCUCUUAACAGUCAGUUGAAGUCACUUACUUUCUAGAAUCAAUAUUAAUUCCAAUCAAAUAAUCAUGUUAUAGAGGUAGGUCCAGUUGCUACUGCAUAAUUAUACAGUGCUGGAUGUAAAAAAGCACAUAUCAUAUCUCACUGCAAGUUAGUGGUGCUACUUCUGUUAAUGUUAGCAUCACUCUGCAAAUUAAUUAGGCCGUUUUUACCAACAGGCUCCAGGAUCCUGUGUUUAAUAAAUUGUGGUCAAGUUCGUUUUUUUUUUUUUUUUACAUCUAUUUUAAAUCUUUAUAGACUGGAUAGGAUAAGACUGUAGAUAGACAAGGGAGAAGAGAGCAGGGACUAACGUGGGAAAGGAGCUGCAGGUCGAAAUCAGACUUAGGCUGCUUAUGUGAGGUAUUAGACUGUGAGGCGGGCAGCACCCCAAGAGUGUUCAAGUCUGGUGGUUUUCUUCCUUUACUACAGCUGAUGAAUUUGAAUUAGAAUUUCCAAUUAAACUAGUGUGAAAUGAGUUGCUUUAGGACAUCCCCAUUCUUAGCCAAGUCAAGACUUUACUCAAGAGUCAAGCUCUGUUUUUAUUACAACCUUUAAAAAGAAAAGAAAAGAAAAGCUGCUUCUGAGGCAACUAAAACUCUGACUUAUUGCUCUCUGUUUUCAUUAUACAGUGGCUUUAAGUGUUAGGACUGGAAAUGUCACAUGAACACUUUUCUACAUCUGAAAUUCUGUCUGAAGCUCUUCCAUUUCAACAUCAGAAACACAGCUUUGAUUUUAGGAGAGUGAAAAAGUAGGACAGGAUUUCAGUUUUCUUGCUACAUUCACAUCGUUUUCAAAACCAACCGUGGGCCUCUGCACUUCAUGCUGCUCACUGAUGAACAAUCUGUCAAAUUAAAAGCCCCUUACCUCCUCUUAAGCUCAGUGUAUUCAAUUCAUUUUGUAAAUGAACCCUUCACCUCCCUCUUGGGCAAUGUUCUCACAAUUCAUUACUGGUGUUGCCACGACUUAAUUUUAAGCCCUCCCUUAAGUUUCCUCUCUCUGUCUUUAUCAGGGUCUGAAGCCGAUGGAUUUUAACGGGUUGGCUGACCCUUAUGUCAAGUUGCACCUGCUUCCGGGAGCCUGCAAGGUUUGCUGUCAUUAUCAGAACAUGAUUUUAAUCAAACAAUUUUCUGCAGCUAAAAGCUGCUACUAAAAGGGCCUUUAGUAACAUGUUACCAUGGACUUUAGUUUGCAUUAUUACCUUGCUUUCUAGGACUGUUAAGCUGCAUCAUGAAAACAAAAGAGCAUACCAGUAAAACUGCUUUAAAAUGUCUGUGUACUCAUGAAAGUUUAAUGUUUUUCCUCGCUGAAGUUGUUUGCUGGAAAGGCUGUGUUUGUUUUUCCCCCUCUUUAUUUUGAUGUACAGGCCAAUAAACUGAAGACUAAAACCGUACGAAACACUCUAAACCCUGUGUGGAAUGAGACGCUCACCUACUGUGGCAUCACAGAGGAAGACAUGCACCGCAAAACACUCCGGUAACUGUUUGAUUUAGAGGCUUUCUUGCUAUUUCUGGCUCCUUCACUUCAAGUCUUCCUGAUCUGUCUCACCCAUCAGAGGGCGGACUCUUACUUACAAAGGAUUUAUUAUCAGCUAUCUCAAUCUGAGAGUGUCUCAGCUCUGUGUUUAUAGCCCCUUAUCUUCUCCUGGUUUCAGAGUUGUCUUUCUCCUUCUAUCUCAGCUGAUUCUUUGAUCCUCCUCUGUCACCCCACUUUCUCUCCCCCUGUCCUCCCAUCCACUCUAUCCAAUAAGAUCAGAGGAGCUUCCCUUUCUCUUCUUAACCCAUCCUUCUUUCUUUGUCUUUCCAUCUGUCCUCCCCUCUGUCUCCUCUCUCCAAGUUGUCCUGACAGAUUAAGGCCAGACUAAAUUCUGUGGGGUGUUUUAAUUUCAUUUACCCACUCCAGAGCAGAGGUGACAAAAGCUGCAAAUUGUUGCUGCCUGUGACUAAAACUUUGCCAUGUGGGAGUGGGAUUUCAAUUGGAUCGACAGUCUGUCUCUCAGGGGAAAUUAGAAAAACCAGCCCUACACUGGCCUAUGAUGGCGUGUUCAAUCAAAAGAGGUAUUUAAAGAUUAAGAGACGGGGUGUUUAACAUAUGGAAACACAAAAACAUGUUGAUACCUGGCCUGCCCUGGCAUUAAAAACUGUCACAUCUGUGUGAAUCUCUGAAUUAUUUAAGGUCUGAAUUGAAUAUCACUCUGAGAUUUUUGGACCUGGAAGAAAGUGCUUUGAGCUUCGCAGUCAGAGUCUCUCUAAGAGCUUCAGCAACAAUGACUAAAACAGGAGUUUUGUCCUGAUUGAGCUGCAAAAAAUUCUGUGCGGUGCGUUACUUGACAUCUAAAAUGGGAGGCAAUAAAAAGAGGCAAUAUAAAUCUACAAAGCUGUGAAAGUUAAUACCAUGCCUCUUGAUGACAUUUCCAAGCAGAAACAUAUAAAUGGAUAAAGGUUAAAAAGUGCAUGACCCAGUAUUGAUCCCUGGGGGACACCACAUUUCAUUAGCCUAUAUAGUAUCCAGAUGACAUUUCAACCGUACUCAUUUAAAAUUCCCCUGUCUGCAAGAUAAGAUUAAAAACAGUUAAAAACAGUGCCACAGAUGCCAAUAACAAUGCGGGAAUAUUGAAGUCAGCUGUGUCAAGGCUGCCAAAGAUUUCCUCAACUAGUGUCUAAGAGCUAAAUUUUACUUUUCAGGGCUCACAAUAUAGCAAAUAGUUGGCAAUGACAUGGCAUGGACUUUUCUGUCCAUGUUUACAUUAUGACUACUGACCUGAGAAUGGACGAUGUAAUUGGCAUUUAAAAACAACAUCUAAGAAAGGAUUAUUAGCUACACUUGCAUAUUCAUAUCUGCUUAAGGCUAGGAGAAAGCUCAAUUUUCAUUAGAUGACUGCCAGUGAGUUGAAGGAUUGCAUAUGUGAAGCUUCAACACAAGUAUGGUUUAUGGCUCAUGUACAGGAAAAAAAAGGUAGUGUCGGCAGAUGGAUGUUUUAUCUGGCACACAUGCAAAAGUUUUUAAAUGGUCACUUUGCCAAUAAAACGAAAUGGUUGUACUGCAAAUGUAACCCUGCUUGGUUGCACUCUGCUGCAGCUCGCUGGUUCAAAAACCCCAUGACUCCAUGCUGUGUGCAGAAUGAUGAGGAGGUGGCUUGUUUCUCUGUUUGUGUCGACAUUUUAUCUUUAAAAUGGACAGAAUAAGAAACAUACAAAAGGGAGCAGUGGGGGAUAUUAGCACUGAGGCUAGCAAGCUUGCUAAUGAAUGUACAUUGUUGUCAUGUGGACGUAUUAGCACUUUUUAAUCAACAGUUACCAACUUAGUUCCUAUCUCAACAACAGUUGUAUUAAUUACUUCUGUCUUUCUUUAUCUCAAACUUUAUGAACAACUACAACAACAAAAAACUAGAAACAAAAAAAAACGAACAAAAUAAUACAUAUGUGCACCAAACAAUUGUACAUGUCAAAGGUAAAUUUACACAAACAUAUGUAUGUCAGUUGUAUUAAUUAGAGUGUAUUCUGAGUCCAUAGGGGAAAGGGCUGUUAUCUAGUGUUGUGUCUUUCGCGAACGAUUUGUUCAAAAGAACCGAAUCUUUUAAGUGAAUGUACAGAUUCGAAUCUCUUCCUCAAGUGAUUCGUUCGUUUCUCUCUUCAGUUGAGCUGAAGUGAGAAACAGCAUUGCCAGGCCAGCAGCCGGCAAACGAGGGCUCACAUGUACCGACGCCUGAAUCACUCGGUGAACGAAUCACGCAUUGAACUACACUCUCUGGAAUCAGUUUGUCGGACAAAACUACAUUUUUUCACUGCUAAAUUGCCACCACAACAACUUUUGAUACAAUAGGACACAGCAUGUAACAAAUAGUGCAUUAAACCUACAGCAUCCUAUCAUUGCAGCGGUUUGCAAGGGAACAGUGCAUGUUCAGUUUGAAUUCUUCUAAAUGUUCAGUGAACGAAUCACUCACUGACCCCAAUUUACCAAGCAGACCUGGUAAAAAGAAUACCAUAGGACAGUACACUUAAAACAUCAUGACUUAUAAACAAGUUCAUUUUUACAAACCUGUUUGCCAAAGCAACACAGCCAAACACUCGUGUCUCCCAGUCCUAUAAGCUUUGAAUUGAACUGAAUCCUGAACCGUUCAGCUGUGUAUCAGUUCCGGAGGUCGGAGUCGCAGGGUUCUCCCACUAAAUGAUGAUUUGGUGAACAAAUCUUUUGAACGAAUCUUUUUAGUGAACUGAUUCUAGUGAUUCAGUACAUAAGAAUUGUCGUGCCCAUCACUACUGUUAUCAGAUUUUCAUCUCACAGUCGUGGUGGCCAUAGAACAUAACAAUGACGAUACAAGCACAAUUUUCAAGGAAAAGUCGAAAACAAAACUGUAAUAAAGAGCUUACAUUGUUGAGGCUCUCCAACAGCAUCAUUCCCAUCACAAAUAACAGAUAAGAACAGAAAAGCACUCAAUCCAUCACAAAGUUGAUAUAUCGAGUGGGUCUCAUGGUUUCACACUGGGAUAUUCUUUUCAGAUCAAACAUUAAUCCUCCGCUGAGAAAGCUCUUGGCAACAGUGGCAAAGAAAACUUCCUUUGACAGGCAGAAACUUCACGCAAACCAGACUUAUUUGUAGACAGCCAUCUGCUAGGACCAGCUGGGGCACGUCAGUAAAAUCCUUCCUAGUCUUUCUUUCUGAAAACUGACUCUUUAACCAUUUCUGUAACAGAGUUUUGAAUCACAAGUCUGACACGAGCAUUUAAAUGGAUAACAGCAUGUUUGAUUACAUUUACCAUCCUGCUGAAUCACCGUUAUGCAAUCUUUCUUGAUAAUGUGAAUGAAUGUGAGACUUCACAGUGUGAAUACAUGCACCUUAUACUGUAUACGUGUAGUAUCACACCAGUCUAGUAUGACAACAGUCACUCUGUGCAGCACGUCCUGACCUAUUGUACUGUCACACACUGUCCCGUCCUCGAGCUCUAUUGGUCACAGCUGUUCUUUACUCAUACAUCCUCUUCACCUCUCAUCUCUCCUUAUUUUCCUCUGCUCCUUUGUUCCAUCUCUUUUUCUGUCUCACUCUAUCAUUCUUAUUUGUCCUGAGGGGUUCAGGUCUCCUUUUUUUCAGAUCGGCCUCUAGACUAGGAAUUACCUCUGCUGAUGCUGAAACAUAUCAGGUCUCCUCCAGGCUAUUGAACUCUUGCACCCUCUACAUCCCCACAAUCUCAUGUUUUAUUGCCAAAACUUGAAUACAGCAGGUGUUGGUGUUGUUUCAUUCCUGCUGUUUGUGAAUUCUUCUUUACCCUCUUCGAAGAUGUGUGUUUCUCCUUUGAAGGGUUGCUUUCAACUUUUAAUUUUCUUCGCAUGUUUUUCACUAAUUUUAACAUGAGGCUCAUAUAAAAAGCGAUCACAUAUUUGUGGCAUACUGAUGCUCCACUUCUGCUUAUAGACGUGCACAUUUGCAUGCAUAAAUGACUCCUCGCACACACUCGCAUUUGAAUAAAUUCUUGCGGGUCUUUAUCUCUCCCUCUCUCACCCACAUCACUCCAUCCUUAGCUCAGUGUUUUUUGAUUCCAACUCUUCUCCAUCCCUUCCACUCCUCUCUGCUGCUUCCACCCACUUAUGCGUUUCGGUUGACAUAAUAGCAGGUGUAAAAGUUUGCCAGGCCUAUAAAUAUGGAUUGGUUUAGCCUUGCAUGAUGCACUCUCGCACUAUCUAAAUUCCCAGAGGGGGAAAAAUGAUAAUUGCUUGUGCAGUGUGCAUAUACAGAUGCUGGAUCUAUUUGCAGGAGGAUGUUUCUGGUUAGUUUUGUGUCAAUUAUAAUAUCUCUCUGUCAUUAAGAUGUGUUGAAACAUUAGAAAUGAUUAAAAGAGUUGCGAUAUUUGAUGCAUACCCCGCAAUAUGACUCUUUGUUAAAUCCUGUAACCCUGUUUCUGCUCUCCUGAUUUCCCCUGUGUCUCCCUCUUUCGAUUCCUCCAUCCCUCCUCUGUCCCUUCACUCUCAGGGUGUCUGUGUGCGACGAAGACAAGCUGACACAUAAUGAGUUCAUUGGGGAGUCGCGGGUGGCCCUGCGCCGCUUGAAGCCGGACCAGACAAAACACUAUAACAUCUGUCUGGAGCAUCCACCUCCUGUGAGAAGAUGAGAGGGAAAGAGUUGAAGAGGGGAUGGGAAGGACAGGCUAAAAAAAGGGAGGAGAGCAGAAAAUUAGAGUUUAUGAGGGAAAUGAAUGACUGGGGGGUGCAGUAAUAUCCACGGUAUUGAGGCUUCUUGCGUGAAUCACAUCCUCAUCUAUUACAGUCGGGAAAAUAAAUGGAGGAAAUGGCACAUGGGGGAUGGAAGAGAAAAUGCAGGAAAUUGCUUACAGAUCAACAGGAGAGGUCUAAAAAUGUCGAUGUGAAGUAGACGAACCAAUCAGCUGCAAUGACGACCACACACCUAGAUACAGGAGAAAAUAAAACGCUCAUGUGUUCAUAAAAGCUCAGAAGUGAAACACUCACAAACUCCAGGAUCAUUACUUUUGUCAGAGAGGAAAGACUACAACUGAUGUCUGACAUAGAUAGUUCAAAACAACAAGCAAAAAGGCUGUAUAAUUUUACUUGUCUUAAAAAAAAGAAGUUAAAGAGAGCAAUUUUAAAACAUAAUAUUAACUUUUGACAGAAAUGACUAAAGAUGUGAAAUGUCAUGAAAAAAAUACAAUAUAAAUACAACAUCAACACAAAAUAUAUUCUCUGGCAGAUUAAGAGUCAAUAAGAUCAUUACUAUACUUACAGGUCUGUGUCUGGUUACUAAAUAUAUCAAAAAACAGGCUACUAGAACAUUCGAGGAUCAACUAAGAGCCAAAAGCUAAAAAAUGACACAAUGUUUUGUUUUUCUUUUAAUUGAAAAUAGACCCCAGGACAUCACUGCCUCUAGAUACAAACCCUAUAAAAUAUAGUUUUCAUUAUAAACCUGGGUUUUUGUUCACAGGAUCAACAAUAUGCAAAGUACCAAUGAGUAAGAGACUGCCAAGACAAGCAAUUGGUCUCAAAAAUUCUCAUUGAUGCCAAAACCACUUUUUUUUAUUGUUAAACUCUAUUUGUCCCUUACAGCACACUGUAGUAAACCUGCUCUUGCACUUUUAAAGCAAGCAGUUCAAACUAUGGAAACUAAAAUAGGACAAACAGCCGCAGACUGAAACUACCUAAAGGACAGUGGUGUCCACAUGCUUUUGGCCAAAUAAAAAGAAAGCCAGUAUCAACAUCCCACUGACAAAAUGAAGAUGAUUCUUGCCUGAAAAGAAGAGUUAUUACGUAAACAUGGAAGCAGAAUAUCUAUUCUUGUAGCCCACAAAUGGCUUUCUGUGCAGGCUAAAUGUCAGCAUGGGAAAAGGGUACAUAGAAACUAGGAGAAUAAAGGGAGAGGAGAAAGAGCGAGAGGAGGGGGGUCAUCGAUAGACAGAGAGCAAGUGAGGGAGAUGAGAAACAAAUGGAUUAAAAAAUAAAAGUGGUGCCCGGCAGGGUGUAUGUGUGUGAAAAGGGGCAGCAGGGUGGUGGGUUUUUGUUCUUCAUGUGUCGGUAUUAGAUUGGCUCUCUAAGGCUGGUGGCCACUGAGCGAUCGAAUGCUAAAGCCUCUCUGUCAUCCUGUGAGCCAGACACCGUGUCAGGCCUGUUAUUUUUUAAGUGGCCUCACCCUUGACUCGAUAGAUCUUACCCUUUCUCUGUUUUUCUUUGUACAGCUCUUCUGUCAGUCAUAUCCCCCUCACAAUUAAUGCUGUUUUUUCUUAUUUUUGUCUCCUCCGCCUUCAGCUGCCCUCACCGACAGCUAUGAGCACAGCCCUGAGAGGAAUCUCCUGCUACCUGAGAGAGGUAAACAUAUAAGUCCUUUGAGCCAAAAUAAUCCUUCCUCUCUGUCAGUCUGUCUGUCAUUUUACAUCGUCUUCAAACCUGUCAACAGACGCAGUCUCACUCUAGUCUAAAACAAUGCUGCUAUUGAGGAAUCACCAAAACAUCAAGUUCUAAUCUUCACUUGUGACUUGAGAUCUAGAAAAUGCUAAAACACAAAAUCAUACUUUACAUAAUUAACUCUGUAGUGACUAUGCUGACCUGAAUUUUAGUCACUGUCUGGGUGUGGGCGCUUCUAGUACAAUCCAAUGUCCAGUCCAAGGUUGUUGUUGGAUAAUAUUUUUGCCAUUUAUUGAUUAAGUGAAAAACAAACAAAAAAAAGAUACGUCCAAAUUACAAUGAUGGUGAUGUACGUGAUGAGGGUAGAUCACUGCUUCACCUGUGCCCCUUUUGUCGCAUUUACCUGAGGUGCCCCUUGUGGUGAUUGUGCGAGUAACAAAACAAAACCCCUAAAAUAAUAUAGAUAAAAUGACUCAAACAAACUCAAUUAAAUCACAAGGUUUGAUAAUGACAUUCAGAGAAGCUCUCUGUUUAAGGAGCAUUCAUUUCACCUAUGAUUGAUCAUGUCAGUGUGGUUUGCUCAGUUUCCAGUUUCUAUAAGAGUGACGUUUGUUGAUGCAGCGGCCUUUUCUGUCUUCCCCUGGCUGCCUUCGUGUUUCCUGGAUCUCCUCGAGAGUUUGUUUUCUUGUAAGCUGCUCAGUGGGAGUGAUUUAUCUAGCCUAAGGGAGCAUGUUUGUCUGGGAUCAAUAUUCUCUACCUCUUGGUUCGUUAUCGUGCCCUACCCCCUUUCAACAGGCAGAUUUUUUCCUUUAGCAUCACAGUUAAUCAAUCAAAUCAUAUAUUUGUUGGAGGUAAACUAAAAUGUGUGGUUUUUAUCUGUUAGUCAGAUAAUCGAGGUACCCUCAAAUCUAAUUUUUGACAUCCAUACAAAUUUCUGAAUUUUCUAAUUAAAGCUAGCAACAGAAAAAAAGGUAGCCACGUUGCUUUUAUGGGACAACUUAACAUCUGGCAUGGUAAUAAAUGUAAUGAGCUUUGGACAACGCUUGAAGGAGUGACAUUUAAACUCCUGUGCUCAAGAUCCAUCCAGCUACUAAUGCAUAAUUUAUUAAGACCUUGCCACGCUGUGAGAUCCAUGUUAAUCCAUUGAUAUUUAUCACACAAGGCUUAUGGGCUGUUACUAGUCAGUGGGUUGACGAGGAUGAUCAGAGUUUUGGCAUGAGCUCAAGCCAGAACCAUUUUCAAACAUGAAGAGUUUAAGGAAGAUCUACUACUGUAUGCUGGGGUUAAAAGAGCUCUGUAAGUCUGGAGACACACUGAAAAUUGUUGUGCUUCUGAGAAAAUGAAGUGAUGAAUAGACAAACUAUGAACAACUUUGCAUCUUCUUUGUCUUUUUAUGUGGUGUCUUAGUUUUGAUUGUGAUUGAUACGUUUCCCAGGAGCAAAAUUUCUUAAGCCUGCGGUUUAGAAAAAAUACCCUGAGCUGACAGGACACUUGGGGAAAUUUUCCUGAAGUUAUCAGACAGCACUCAUGGCUGAAUCAGUGUAUUUUUCUUUGAGACUCUGAGAAGCUUGUUGCCGGAAAUAUGUUCAGGCAAAAGUGGAAAAAAUUGAAACAUCAUUUGAUUUGAUUAUUGGACGGCUUACAGAACAAUCCUGAAUUCUUCAAGUCUUUGUCAGUUUCUGAAACCUUGUCAGAUUUUCAUCUUUUUAAAACUAUUAUGUGAAAAAUGUUUAAAUAUUUUUUGGAAACAUUUUAAGAUUUAAAAAGAAAUAUUGCAGACACGAUUACCAACCAUUAUAAUAUUGUCCAAAACAGCAGAAUUUUACUUAAAAUUUGGCUAUUUAUUGAAAUGCUUUGGUCAAAUUGGUCACAAAUGCAAAACUUUUGGGACUUAACAUUUAAAAGCCUCUUUCAACUUUGCUCCCUUAUAGCUUGUUUGCACUAAAAAAAUUUUGAAACUAAAGUAAAUUUUGGAGAAAAUUUAACACAAAAUGUUGGCAUUUUUAUGAAAACUUUACAGAUAUGUUCAGGAAUUCUUCUGUAGAAUUUCUCAAUUCCUACAAAAAAAAAAUUUACAAUGAAAAUUUCAAUGCAAAUUUGAGAAGAAAAUUUUUAUUAUUAUUUGGAGAAUCUUUUACAGUCAGAUGUAAAUGUUCAGACAAAUUUAAGGCCUUGUAUUGGUUAAAGUCUUUGAAGAACUGUUUUUUUUCCUCAAAGUAGUCAUUAAAAUUUUUUAGAAACCUGCAGCUAUAUUUUCAUUUUACUAAUUUUGUCAAGUUUUCUUAAAACUUUUGAAAUAUUUAUGUGAAAUUUUUUAUUGGAAUAUUUUAGAAACUUAGGGGGAUUUCAGGAUAUUUUUGAUGGAAAGAUUUUUAUACAUUCAAAAGGAAGGGGAUUCAUUUUGUGACUUAUUAAAUCUUAAAUUAAAAAGAUUAGUGUCUUUUAACUUGUUUUUGUAACAUUUAUUCUUUAUUCAGUGCUGUCUUUAGCUCUUAAUGUCUCAGCGUUUCUCACUUCAGACAGAGCUGAUCCUCUCAUUAUGUGUUGGAUAAAUUAACAAAGUGGCUUAACUGGAGGGUAGGUGUGGACCUCUGAGUUUAUCAGGAUAACAGGAGUGACACCGCUGCCUCUGGGUUUCUCACCAUAGUCCAGGUUGUUUAAUGUGCCUCUGCUUUUCUUUAGCCCCACAAACCCACCCACAGAUGUAUCUGUUUCUCAUCCGUCUGUCACUGCAUGUGUUUGUAGCUCCACACUAAUGCAUGUUUAUUUCCUCCAACCUUAAUGAGUUGCUCUCUAUCGAUCUGUGAAGGUCUGAGCCGUUCCAUUACCAGAUACCUGCUGCAAAUUAUUCCCUCUAAUUGCGAGUUUUAAAGUCGGCUACUCAGUCACGGCAGAUGGUGAACUGGCUGCUGGCACAAAUGAUGAUUUCCCAAAGAAAAACACAGACAAGGGGAGGAGGGGAGAGAGAAAAUUAGAAAAAGGAUGAAGCAAGCUGUUGAGACAAUUAGUGAAAGGAAAGGGAGGAGAGUGAGAUAUUGAUGGACCUGGCAGUGUCCACCUCUCGCUUGAAGAUAAGACUUAAUGAGAGAUAAGAUUAUCCAAAAGAGAGGAGAGACAUUCAGUUAAAAAAAAAGGUGUUCAAAGAGUGAUGGAACUUAUUUUAAAUUCAAAUUACAUUUUAUACCAACAUGAAACCAGCUUUUUCCCACUUUCUCUGGGGAGACAUCAAACGUUGCUUUAAAAAGACGCACCUGCAGUAAUAAAAAUCCUGAAAUAGCCAACAUGACUCUGGACUAUAAAUAACAGAAAUGUAUUGGAGCUGUCGGCCGUGAGGGUGAGUCAUGGUCCUGUAGAUCACCAUCCUCCAUUCCUUCCACGCCCUCUGUUGCUGCUUCCUCACUUACUUUCAUCUGUCACUUUGAAUCUGCUCUGUUGAUCCGCUUGUUGUCAGAUGAUUCGGUAACAGCUUGAUGUUGUCGAAUGAAAAAAAUACUUAAGCCAGGAGCAACCGAAUGUACUUAUGUGAGUCUGAGGGUCAUCUGAGACAGGUCUUUGCCGUCAGAUCAACUCCUUUCCUGCUUAUUGUGAUGGUGGUCACAGUUUGUGUCUUUGCUGUGGCAGAUGAGCUCAAAUGAAUGUGAGUGGAAUCUUGAGGAACGUCUGCUGGAGGGGAACGAGGGGGCGAACUAUGUGAAGCAAAGGACUGAAAGUUUAAAAGUACAUGUGGUGUGUUCGAGUUACCUCAGAAGUCAGAUGUCAGAGCUGAAGACGACGUCACACCCGAGUUCCCAGCGUUUCAGAUACGUGAAACAAGAUAGCUACAUCUAAGAAAGUUAUUCUAGCACUUGCCUUAUAUUCAGACAAGGCAAGCGCUAAAAUAACUUUCGUAGAUGUAGCCAUCUUGUUUCCACCUCCUAUUUAGCUUUUUUCCGACUUGGUAACUGAAAUGCAGGUAACUAGGGUGUGACGCCAUUUUCAGGUCAGACUUCUGACUUCCAAUGUAACUCGACCAAAGCAAUAUUCUUACCCCAAAAAUGGUUUAAGCUCCUAUGAGGAAUUUUUUGACAUUUCUGAGGCAGACUGAAAUUAAUAUCAACACCUUUUUAUAAUACACAAAAGCAAAUAAGACCAUCAAUUUUUUGUAAAGCAUCUGAGCACCUGUAAAAGCACGCUAUAAAUAAAAUUUAUCAUAAUUAUUAUUAUUAAUAACAAGACUGACUAUUUUUAUCGUAGUUUUAUAUGCCUGGAAUUUGAGUUAGAGGUAGGUGUCAGCCAGGCAGCAAAAUUAACAACCCUGUUUUUACAUUUUACAUACGGAACAUUCACAAUAAAUGAUGAAUAGAUUUGGCAGUAAAGUUGAGUUUUUUUGCCAGAAGAUGCUACUUAAAGCUCUUGUGAGGAAUUUUUGGUUUGUGUCAGUUCCCUGUGGACUAAGCUGUCUUAGCUUUUCUUGUCCUCUACAUGUCUCCUGAAUAAUAAUAAUAAAAUAUAUAUAUCACCCUGCUGCAUUUUUUUUCUUUUGCAAAAAUUUAAUAUUGAAUCAAUAAAAAUAGGACUGUUUCUUCAGGGAAUCCACAGACACCUGCCCUCUCACAUCAGUGUCAGGCGUUAAAGAUAAAACUUGUCAGUCUUUUCACUGAUUGUCAUGUUUGCUUCAAAGAAAAAGACAGGAAUAUGAAUUUGAGUCUGUGUCAUUCACAUCAAAAACCUCCUCACAGGAGCUUUGAGUAUUUUUCUUCUCUCUGUUAAGAUUGAAUCAUCGCUAUAAUUCAGCUCUGCUCUGCUAGAUAAAACCUAAUAUGGCUUGAAAGGUCGUGAUGAUUGCUGAGUAACAUUUCUAUGAAAAGUACGGUAAAAUAGACAGUAAUGAGUCACUUCAGUGCCCUCAGAUGACUCUUUUGUAUUUGUUUUAUCUUUUAAAUAUAUGCCAGAUGACCACAGCACAGGGCUCCAGACAAAUUGCCCAGUUUUUGAUGAGGUUCGGUCUGUUUGUUGUGUUUGGAAGCGAGUUUCAUUCGGCUCAGCUUUCAUUAUCUUUAAAUUAAACUCCCCCUGACUGUAUAGUUGACUGACUGCAGAAACAAAGCACAUCUACUUUUUUAUCCAACUACAGCAGAGUUUCCGGACCAAUUAUUCUAAAUACUCUUUGCCUCCUAUAUAUUUUACACAAACAUUGUUUCUCCUUUCUUUCCCCAAACAAGCGUUGUUACUUUGGCUUUAACGCAUGCCAGGGGAACAAUUGAUUAAUCAGAGAGGCGUGUAGUGAAUGUGAUGUUCAUUCCCAAAUAUUGAUCAAGAUGUCAGACCAGACUCAGAGCAGCAAGACCCGCUUCUUCGGAUUGAUUUGCACAUUGGUUUUAAAUUAGUGAUCAUUAGUUUCAGCAUAGUAUGUUAUUCCACUCAAAAAUAUAGAAUAAUAAAAGUUUAAAGUUGUCCAAUUAAAAUAACAAGCUUGGUUGAAACAGCGUGCGUACUAAUGACUUAAAUAAAAUAUGUUUUGGCAAAAAUGAAGCAAAGUUUGUUCUCUCGCCACCUCUGGCUUAUAGCCAGUAAAUAAUGAAAUCAUCAAUCUAAAGCGUAACGCUCAGUCUUUGCUUCGUCCUUGGUAUCAGACUUGUCUGCUCACUCUGUUUGGCUCUGAAAUACACAAGGGAGAGUGGCUGGAAUCAAGUUUUUGCCUCAGGACUGUAGAGAAGUAUAUUAAAGUGAUUAUAUUUUUUCUGGCUGCACUUGUUGCUGCUCUGCAAAGGUUACCAAAGAUUGCUUUGAUUUGUGCCGUGCCGCUGCAGGAAGAUCUGCCCUGAAUUCCAGAGGUUUGUUCUCACUGCAGCGUUAAAGCUUUCCUCUAUCAUAUUAUUGACUUUGUUGGUCUCGGUAAACCACACUGACUCAUUAUCACUUCAUUGAGGCGGUAUGGUAAGCAUGUUAGCAAUGAUCCAUGUCUAAUUUAUACAAUCAACAGACAUGGAAGUACAUUAGUAUUCAUUUGAAGUUGUGUCUCAGUCAGCAUGCCAAAUUGUCAGUCUCCUUGUUGCCUUGUGCUGCUCCUUACCAAAUCCUAGGAGAAAUGUCUGACUAUUUAGCUGCUUAAUGAUUCCCUUUGUUUACAAGCUCACUGUGUACUCUUUCUAUCUGUUUGGUGCUGAGCAGGUGGUGUCGUUCCAUUACAGCUUUUUAUCAGAGCUCCUUUUACUGGAAUCGGUUGCUCUGAAAGGUUAACUUAAUUCUGAUGAAAGAUCACAAACUGAACAGCGGCUACAUCUUAACCAGUUUUGAAAACGUAUGAGACCACACAUCGAAGCUCACUCUCUAGAUGGUUCCAUUAGAGCACUACGCCACACACGUCACAAGAUCUCACAGAAACUUGUGUAACCAGAUGUCUCUCCAUGAGACCUUGACCUGGCUUGGUCGCUGUUUUGUCUAGAGUUCACUGCUAUCUUUGUGAGCGGCAACAAUUGAACUAAUUAACUAUCACAGGUUUUUCAUCAAGGCCUCCCGCAGGUCAGGGAGGUUAUGACUCGGCAGGAGCGUUGAUAUAGUCGUAUUGACUCCACUGACUUAGAGAGUACAAAUAAUGAGACACAGCCAGCCUUGAAUAAGCCUCGUGGAUCUUUAGGGAUUGCAAAUCCAGCCUUAGAUCAGACCUAGAAUUGUCUUUUUUGUGGUCAGCUUAAAGCCAAACACUUGUGUGCGAAAGUUGUUGGUGCCAAAUUCAAAACAGAGAACUUAAAGUCACUAAAAUUUGUCUUAAUUCAAUUUUCUGGUAAUAAAAAACAUCAAUUUCAGAGGCUUUAAAGAGCAAAUUGAGUCUUGUUGCCUGUUCAUCAAGUGGUCUUGGAACAGCCCUCGCUCGCUUCAUUCUCAAGAUGCGAAACCUCCUGUUAAACUCUCAACCUUAUCUCGCCACUCGCACACCUUCUUCCUGUUUAUGUUUUUCCAUUUCCAUCUCUUUUAUUCCUCCUUCGCUCAGUGGGAGACCGAGCAGCACAGAAGUCUGGAGGAAAGAGGCCGCCUGCUGCUCUGCCUUCAGUUCCUUCCUCCGGCCAGCGAUGACGACGGGAAGGGCGAAGCCAAGGAGAGGGCGCGUGGCGGCUUGUGUGUGGGUGUCAAACGCUGUGCCCACCUGGCAGCCAUGGACGUCAAUGGCUUCUCAGACCCCUAUGUUAAAACGUAAGUAUGAUAUCAAACUACUCGCAUGGAACAACACAACAAAAUUUAGUUUAGCAACAGUUGUACUUAAGCUCCCGUUUCAAUAACUUUAGGUCCUCUUCAGCUUUUCUGGGGAAAUGUUAAAGCAAGAUUUAUCGAUCAUACAAAAUGUAAAGGUCAGGGUUGUUGUUUUAAGUCCUGCAUUAGUCUGUCACUGUGUCCUCUCAGUCAUCAGACAUCACUUUAUUUCUACUCUUGAGUUUUGAAACAAAAAAUCACUUCCAGAGGUGCAGAAGCAUUUAAGAGAGUCACAAAUUACAGUUACUUAAAAUCAAACAAUUACCGCUAAACUUGUCAAAGAAAAAGAUCACUGUGUGUGUUUGUGUGUUUGUGUGUGUGUGUGUGUGUGUGUGUACUGAUGCACCUAUCUAAGAGUGGACCUCCUCAUAAUUGCUCAUUCACCAGAUGGGGACAUUUUUUAGAUCGCUUUUGAACAUGUUUUAAAUCAUCCUAAAAUCACUUCAACUUAACAACUUCUUUAAAUAAACAAUAUAAUUACAUUUGAUGUAAUAUUACAGUUUAAGACCUUAUAUGUAAGUUUAUUAUUAUUUUUUACACUUGCAAAAUGAUCAGAGAUAGAAGUCCACACUUGGCUUGUGUGGCCUCACAGUCCGCUGUUGCUCAGGUAGGCGUAAGUGUGUGUGUGUGUGUUUGUGUGUGUGUGUGUGUGUGUGUGUGUGUGUGUGUGUGUGUGUGUGUGUGUGUAUUGACAGCCUUCAAUCCAGACAGAGAAGCUCUGACAUGAUCAAAUGUUAUGGUCAGACCGCAUUACAGCUUGGUCGGUGUCAUAGAGGUCCCUCUGAGUUUCAUUACUCAAUGAUGAAAGAAAAGCAAUACUUUGUGUUUGAGUGUGUGUGUGUGUGUGCGCGUGCGCGCAUGCGUGUGUGUGUGUGUUUGUAUUAGUGUGUUUCUGUCAGUGCCAAAGAGGGCAGGAGGGUUGAGUCAUGAUCUUGGCAGGAACUGGACAAAUGAGCUAUAAAAUCCCGCACCUCUGUACUCGGUGUUCGUCUGAUGGCUGGUUCUGGCUUAAGGUUUUCUUCAGCAGCACUGGAAGAUUUCUCACAAACACACAUACGCACAUGCCCUCACAGUACACACUAAUCUUCCUUCUCCUCUCCCAUCAUUCCUUAAACUUAAGUUUUCUCUCUCCUUUUUUUACACCCACUAAGCCGAAGCGUACACAUCCCUCAAACACAGGGCACCUUGUUUCAUUUCACAUGCAUGCUUGCAUCUCUGCCCUUUAGCGGUAGAUUUUUUUUUCCCCAGAUGCUUUGUUGUGUCUGAGAGCGAGUGGGAACAUACGCUGUACGAGCUGUGGGUGGUGGGUGGAAAGCAAAUGUGAAUAGAGAUUUUGCCACGCUCCUUCCAGCUGGCUUAAAAUAUCCUGAGAAUUUAAUGACACCCCGCAACGGCAUGCUAAGCUUGUUCAAUCUGUGCUGCGCUGGUGAAGGUUGUACUGGUCUCACUCACACUGCGCUGGUUUUUACAAACGCUUAUUAUCAAUCCUUUUGGAGAAUUGUUCAAUAUGAAGGAAUUACAGGAUGAUGACUCACUGUUGUUUACAGACAAGAGGAUUAAAAUCAAUGCUAUUCUGAUUAUAAAGGUGUAGCCUCAAGCUGCUUAGCUUUUCUUUAAAUACAAACUUUCAUUAGGAACGAACAGCUAACUGAACUCUGUCCAAAGGAGAUUGUUUUUCCUUUAGAUUGUUUUAUUUUUACCUUGUUUAGACCAAGAUCCGCUUUCCACCCUCUUAAUACAAUAUCAUUAUGCUAACUAGGUUGACUGGCAGCUGGCCUUCAGGUUCAUCUCUGUCCAACAGUGAGAUGGUCUCAUUCACAAAGCAAAGUAAAAAACUUAAUUUAAACUUUAUUUUUCAGUAUAGAAUGGUUCAAAACAAUAAUUUCUUUACAACCAUUUUUUGCUAUUUCUCAAAAAUAAAGACAGAGGGAGAAAUAAAUAAGGAAAAGGGAACAAAGGAAUACAGGGGACAGUUCUUACUCCUUAUUUUCCCAGUGCCUAACAAAGAGGUCCAUAUAGUCUAUUUAUUAAACUUAAAAUGUCCAGCCUCAAAUGGUAAGUUAAACUUUUCAUGGUAUAAAUUUCGCCCAUAAUGUCCAUCCACUGUCCCAGUAGUGGGCGAUCAGUUUUCAUCCAGUUCCGUGUGAUCGCCUUUUUUCAUGCAAUAAUCAAGACCUUAAAUAGAUAAACAUCUCUUGUUCUAUUACUCCCAAAUACAUGAAUUUGGGAUCUUUUUGAAUACUAUAUUGCAGGAUUUUUCCCAGAGUCUCGUUCACUUCAUCCCAGAAAGGUUGUAUCUUUAUACAUGACCAGAAAAUAUGAGUAUGAGUAUGAGUGGCGUCUCCAUGGCCACACUGCCUCCAACAGUGUUGUUUUUUGUCCAGAUAUUUACCAGUAAUAUGUGGUGUUAGAAAUAUUAAAGAUAUUUUAGUUUCAUAACACUUAAAUGUUUAUACUGCCACCUAGUGUAUGGGUGUGUGUAGUGGAUGGCGUGGGGUGAAUUGCAGACUGCUCACAUGGCACCGUGUUGGUGAUACUUAUUUCAAAAACAUUAUCUACUUAUGCUGAUGACACGCCUUUGUCCAGCUCAGUGUGUUUACCAAGUUUCAGUAUGAAAUAUUUUGAUCAUCUACUGGUAAAGAAAAAAAAAUAAUGAAGACUGAAGACGAACAGUAACAUGACAGACUCAUUAUAUAUAAUUAAUGAACGAGAGAUGAAAUGAUUGACUGUAAGCAUGAACUUACCCUGACCUGUUCUCCACUCUGGUGUUUUCACACACCAUUAGUGCGUUCUCCUCCAUUCCACACGCCUAAAACCUGUGAAUGAAUAUGUGAUGGUGUCCCCUCUCUCCUCCACCCCCAUAGGUACCUCAAGCCAGACGUUCAUAAGAAAUCCAAGCACAAAACGGCGGUUAUAAAAAAAACUCUGAACCCAGAGUUUAAUGAGGUAGACUUACACGUUUGUGCAUGACAGCUCAUUUAGACUCGUACUGUUGUCAGAGAUUUUACACUGCAUGCAAAGUUCCUGCAACCUAUUCAACAGAGGGCCAAUUACUGUUUGAAUAUUAUUAUGAGCUGCCUCAUUAGCUGCCUCUUCUCAGGAAAGUUUGUUGGAUGUGACCUCCUGCCCUUUGCACCCAUCUCCAUGUCGCUCCUCUCUUUAUUUAUUUUGCAGGAGUUUUUCUAUGAAAUCACCUUCUCAGAGUUAACCACCAAGACCCUGGAGGUCACAGUGUGGGAUUAUGACCUGGGAAAGUCCAAUGACUUCAUAGGUGAGAGGUCAACAAACACACACACGGCUUUUCACUUUCUGCUGGUGCUUUAUCGAUCACAAUUAAAGCAGUUGGCCACGUUAUGAAGAGUUUGAUAAUGUUGUACCCAUAGCAGACGUUGCCAAGGAUAUUUUAAAGUUUUGCUUUAUUGUCCUUCUGAUCCAAGCACCGCAGUGAGUGUAAUUUGUCAUAUUUUAUGGGCCAAAAGGGUGGCUUUGACAUUUUGGCUGAAAAUGAGCUUUAUCAUUUAUGUGCUCUGUAAAUAGGAUCAUGAUUUUAUUAUAUCCUUCCUCUGUUUUCAAAUAACUUUUGUCCUCUUCUACUUUUCUCUGAGUUCAAAGUCAAAUCUGAAGGUGUUAUUUACAAGAAACAGAAGAAACCGACCACGCAGUGUAGUUUCUUUUUGCAUCACAUCUACUUAAAGCAUCACCUUAAGCCCUGUGGAGUUAGAUGAUUUACUCGUUGGUGUCUUAACAUUUUCCUACACUCUGAAGGACGCUCAGAUUUGAGCAUUUUUAUUUAGCAUCAACAAAGCUUCACAUAUUGUUGAUCGUUUAUUCCAAAAACAACACUACCCUUGUAAAGGCCCUUUCAGGUUGUGUUGAUUUUGGUGACCCCUGUGGACAAAACAGAAAUAAUUCAAAUGCUGUCUUUUAUUCAUGUUGGUGUUGUUUCGGGCAAAAAUAUGUGUCCUUUUAUUUCAAAUGUCAACUAACAAUGAAACCUUGGCUCAGAAAUGUAAAACAAGCUGUUGCAGCAGUGAGCUUUUUAAUGCCGCCUACCCCCUGGCAUGGUGUCAGGCACUUUUUUAUCACACUAUAGAAACAGUCCAUCUGUUUAUUAUGGUCUUGUUUUGCUUUUGCAUAUCACACAGAGGAAUCAAUAUUUAAUUUGCACUGCUAUACUACUGACCAUAAACUUUUUACAUGAGCUUUAAACAAACUAGAUUUGAAUGCUGACAGCCCCUUGAAUUUUUUUAGGAGCUAAACUACAGCUUUGAUAAAGCACGUGUGAUUACUUUUUUCUCUUAAAUCUAAUAGAGCGAUUUGUAUUGUCCUUGCAAAAAAAGAGGCUAAAAAUCAAAGAAAAAAGAUUUUAUUCUAGUAAUGAUGUGAAUGAGGAAGAGGAUUACUAAAUAAUCUAUGCAGAAGAAAACAGCCACAUCAGACAUCGUGGAAGAUUUAUUGUCCAUAAAUAAUGUUUGCAUUAAAGCUAUAGUUGUUUACCAUCCUUAUUUGCUGACUUUAUCUUUUUUCCUUUGUUUUGAUUUGAGAAAAUGUGCAGCUAAGGGUCUCUCCCAUUACUGAAAACCUAUCCCACCUCUGCUCUGAUUAGGGGGGGUGUCUUUUGGGUGCCACUCACAAGGCGACACUCUGCAGCACUGGAUAGACUGUCUGAAGAACAAGGGCAAGAAGGUGGAGCGCUGGCACACGCUGACCAACGAGCUGCCUGGAUCCACCCUGCCGGAGUAAGAUGAUCCUCUUCCUCUGCGCUCUGUCAACAGAGAGAUGCCUGAAGACUAGAGACGAGCGACGAUUCAUCGCAUGCUCUGCAUGAAUAUGAUGAGGAUUCAUGUGCUGUUUACUUUGUUUCAUAAAUGAGAUCAUGAUUCAUAACAACAUAUCCAAAGGGGGUCAUGGUCAAGGAUCAGUACCGUAAUCUUGCAUUUGAAUAGGCUUGAUGCAAAUGUGAGAGCGUCCCAACAUAAAGCUAAUAUUAUGAGAAUUUUUCAUAAUCAUAUUCAUAGAGAUUCAUGUCCCUUUCGUGGAUUUUAUGUUAAUCUUAAAUGCUCCUCUGCACUGGUACAAGCUGGUUUAAAUUUGAUGGAGAGGAGAGAUUGAAAUCGUGCCGAAAUUUAAUGAGGGUAAAAGCUAAAUUACUCUGUCAUUUUCAUUAAAACUCAUCCUCUGUCUCUCUGCACAAACACCUCUCCUUGCAAUAAUGUUUUUUCUGAAUGCUUCCAAAGAUUUUUGAGUGGUCUCAAUAAUGCCGAUUAGUUUGUGUAUUGAUCUGAUCACCAGAUUGUCUACAGAACGCAUAGUUGGUUGUCUUUUUGCAUGUUUUGGUGUCAAUGAUGCAAACGUAAGUGAGGUAAGUGUGCUGCAGAAGGAAAUAAUUACUGUAAUUUAUUCCCCUGAGGAUAAGAAUUUCAUUUAAUGCAAGGGUCAAACAGUUUUUUAGUAUAUAAUCUUGUUCAAAGUUCAAAGUUGUUUCUUGUGUCAGCUCUGUAUAACAGUGUCAGUAUCUUUUGGUGACACACUGAUGUUGACAUGCUUUUGCUUCAUAAUCCCUGACCUGUGUGGAAGGGUACAAAUAUGUAAUUAUCAAGAAGGUCCCAGAACAGAUUGAUUUUGUUGUGGACAGUUGUGCAUGGUAAUAAAAUCAUCAUCCUCUGUUAAAUAUCUGAUUUUGCUGAAUGGUGUGUAGAGCGCAGUGUCGUGUGAUAGCUCUCCAUGUUGCAGGCUGUCUCUGUGCUGGGUCUCAUGUGGUUGAAGAGACAUCCUGGAAUCUCUAAUGGUGUUCAUAUGUAUAUAUCUGUUGUGUUUGCUUUGGGCGUUUGUCUUUUGGAACAUCAGGUGUGCAUGACUUUAUUUUAUUUUUUUCAUAAAAAAAAUUCAUACCA